UUUUAAGAAUUACAAAUAUCCGUUAAUAAGAAUUGUGUUUAAUCUUUUUUCUAUUCAUUCGAUGUAAAAAUGCAUAACAAUUAUUAUAGGUAUAUUACAAAUCAUCAUUACAAAGUCGGGAUCAAGCAGUUCAACUGAUAACAAGGAAAUCGUGUAACAUUAUCUAGUCUCUGUCAUUUAACGUACAAUUCUAAACGGAACGUGUUAAUUCGACAUGUGCAAUAAUUAAUAUAAUAUAAAAUGUAUUUUAUAAAAAUAUUUAUUACGUGCGUGUUGUGUACUUUAUUGUCGAGUGUCAACUGUAAAGUGGUAUUGAGCAGGGAAAAGAUUACUGAAUUAUUAAAUUCUUUAGAUCCGUCAAAAAUUAAAGUACAGAUGAUAAAUAACACAGAUGCAAAAGAUGCGAAGAUUUUAUCAUAUAACGAAAUAAAUGUUGACGAUAAUAAAACUAAAAUUGAUAUUACAAUCAAAUCAAAAACUAAAGUGAAUACAAGACAAGAAAAAACAAAUAAUGAAACUGAACAUUUAGAACCACUAGUAUUGACACCAUACAUUGAACAAGGAAGAAUCAAUGAAGCAAGGAACGCAAGUUUUGUCAAUCCAAAAACAUUUCUAGGUUUUAAAAGUUAUUCAGGAUAUUUUACUGUGAACAAAACUUAUAAUUCUAAUAUGUUCUUUUGGUACUUCCCAAUUGUGGAUAAGCCGGUUGGUGAAACACCUUGGAUUAUUUGGUUACAAGGCGGUCCCGGUGCGUCUAGUAUGACAGGACUUUUUGAGGAAAUUGGACCGCUUAAAAUGGACGCUAAAUUAAAUUUGGCACGUAACCCGUACUCAUGGCUGCAGAACCAUUCCUUGUUGUUUUUCGACAACCCCGUAGGAGUUGGAUUCAGUUUUACUGAUGAUAAACGCGGAUACGUACGAGAUAUGCCUACGUAUUCCAGUCAGCUGUACAUCGCGUUCCACCAGUUCGUCCAGAUGUUUCCCGAGCUGAAGGAAGCGCCGCUCUACAUCGCUGGCGAGUCGUACGCGGGAAAGUACGUUCCUGCACUGGGCCUGGAGAUACAUAAAAGAAUACAUUUACCAGAACAUCGUGUUAAUUUCAAGGGUUUAAUGAUCGGUAAUGCGUAUGUGGACCCUGCAGUUAUUCCCCUCACAGUCCGGCCCUUCUAUAACUUAGGUUUGAUAGGAAAGGAGCAGGUGGAAAUGCUGAGACCAAUGUCGAACGCGGUGGCGGAACAUGUGGCUGCCAAAAACAGCUCAUUAGCUAAAAAUAAAUGGAUCAACCUCAUCUCUCUUCUUCUAAUGUUGACCCAUCAGCAGCACGGAUAUAACUUCUUACGCUACGAAUUAGGGGUAGGCAGAUACGUGAAAUUCUUGAAUCGGAUGGACAUACAAAAAGCGAUACAUGUGCGUAGGACAAACUACAGCUUCGUCAAUAUGAUUGUCAAUUACCAACUCAAUUCGGAUUUCUUAAGCAGCAGUAAACCGCACUUCGAAACUCUGUUGGAACAUUACAGGGUGCUCGCGUAUUGCGGUCACUUAGAUCUGAUGAUGCCAUGUGUCACAAAUUCGGAGAACUAUCGAACAUGGAAAUGGAAUGAGACGGAAAAAUUCAUAAAUGCAACAAGAUUACCGUACUUAUAUUCAAAUAAACUUGCUGGAUAUCAUAAAACCGGCGGAGGUCUGACUGAGGUAGUGUUCAUAGGGGCGGGACACAUGGUACCCAUGGACGUGCCGGCUCCUGCCCGGGACCUCAUUACAAAAUGGACGCACAACCAAAAACUAAGCCCAUCCUUUCCUCGCUUAGAAGCAUCAUUCAUAACCAGUUUUAUAGCAAACACAACUGCAAUUUACCUUUGAUGUUAACCCUAACAGUUAUAGUACAAGUUUUUUGUUUUGUUUUAAUAAGCGCUAAUAAUAAUUAUAAAUGUUUUAUGUUA